UCUGCGAACGCGCUCCACCUUUUGAAGUUUUGACAGGCUGGACGACCUUGACGGCGCACAAACAAAAAUAAAACAUCCAACUUCAGCCACAGCGUUGAAAAGUAUUUUCUAGACCGAAAGUAGCGAUUAAAACCAGUAAACCGAAAUGUCUGAGAGUGGUGCUGAUGGCGAACCAAAGCAAGAGUUUGUGGUGCCUCAAAAGCUGGUCAAAUCGAACGCGGAUAUGGAGAUGUGGAGAAUGUCCGAAUGCUAUUACGAUCUGUUGGGAUUCAUUAGCAGCAUGUGCGAAGCGUUGCAAGGUACUCGCAACAACCAGCAGCUGGUGAUGCCACCGGUGGUUGAAAAACUGAUGAAGGUUCUAGAUCGAUUGGAGCAGCUGGCAAUUGAAACUCCGCCGGUUGAUCAGCCGGCCCGGUUCGGAAACGUUGCGUUCAAGAGCUGGCAUCAAAAGAUGCAAUCGGAAAGCAUGCAGCUCAUUACCGAUGUACUGCCGGAUCCGCUGAAACACGCAAGCAAGGAGGUUUGUGUGUACUUUGUUGACUGUUUCGGCAAUCCGACGCGUAUCGAUUACGGUACCGGGCACGAGUUGGCUUUCAUCAUGUUUCUGAUGUGCUUGUUCAAGAUCGGUGCUUUCGAGCGUAAAGAUGAAGUAGCUGUUGGCUUGAAGCUGUUCAUGAAGUACAUCAUCCUGGCGAGAAAGCUACAGGUGACGUACCGCAUGGAGCCGGCCGGCAGUCACGGUGUGUGGAGUUUGGACGAUUUUCAGUUCGUGCCCUUCAUCUGGGGUAGUGCGCAGCUGUCCGUCAACAGUCCCAUCGACACCUCACAGUUUGUGGAGGAGAAAUAUAUCGCCAAGUACAAAGAUGAGCUUAUGUUCGUGGGUUGCAUCGACUACAUACAGCAGGUGAAGACGGGCAACUUUUACGAGCACUCGAAUCAGCUGUGGAGCAUCAGCGCCGUUCCGCAGUGGUCCAAGAUCUGUACGGGACUGAUUAAGAUGUACCAAAAGGAGGUGCUGUCCAAGUUUCCCGUCAUUCAGCACGUAUACUUUGGCUCGAUACUGACGCUUAAAACGAUUAAACUGGGCACCACGCUGCCCAAUCCGAGGCUGGGCAUGGUUCCACGGCAACAUGCACCGGCAGUGCCGGCACCUCCCAAGUUUCCCGCUGGCGAUGGAAUGUGAUAAACAACUGUGUAUUAGUUUGUGAUUGUUCGAAGAAUGAUAACAUAUUGAAAAUGACGGCCCUUGGUUGCGUUGGCAUUAAUCGAUUGUGAAACAAUACGUAAAUUUGUGAAAAAGAAAUAAAAAUUAAAAUAACAAACGUUUGCAUCAAGCCACGGUA